AUGUUGCGAGUCGCCGUUUCCGCUGCUCUCCGCACUGUCGCCGUUCGAUCCGUGACGAAGAGCUCCGUCCAGCAACGGAUCUUCACUCCGAUGCUCGUCUCCGCUCAAAAACAGACGUUCCAGAUCAGAGAAUACUCUGCCAAAGUUCGAAUUUAAAUGAAAUCAAUCAAUGAUUGGUGAACAUUUCAGGCUCCACUCACAAAGAAAACGUUGGAGGAGCGAAUCGUGCUCGUGCUCUCGCUUUACGACAAAAUCGAUGCGAAGAAACUGACGAUGGAUUCUGACUUCACGAAAGACUUGGGCCUCGACUCUCUAGACCACGUGGAAGUGGUGAUGGCCAUCGAGGAAGAAUUCGGAUUCGAGAUCCCAGACGGAGACGCCGAUCGCUUCAAGACCCCGAGAGACAUCUUCCAGUACAUUGCUGACAAGGAGGACGUCUUCGAGUAG